AGUUUAUUAUCGAGACACAAUCAAUACAGAAUGAAGUUCUCAACCAUCGUCACUAUUGCCGCCGUUGCUGUUGCCGUCAGCGCCCACUCAAACGAGCAGGAGAUCAAAUGUGGUAUUAAAGGAUUCACUGGAAAAUCAUACGACGAGUCCAAAGUGUGCUGUGAGUAUUCCGGCAACUGCGGAAAUCUGUCCAAGUGCACUGAGAGUUUCUGCAAAGCCUCUGGCAGCUCUGGCAGCAGCAAGAAUGAGUACAAGAUCACUUGUGCCGAGAAACGUGAGCGUAACCCGGAAGCCUUGAAGGGACCCAUCCACAAGAACAAGGAGUGCUGCCAGUGGUCUGGUGAGUGCGGCGACUUGAAGAAGUGUACCCAGUCAUACUGCGAGAAGGAUGCUCACUCGUCUGACGUUUACAAGAAAUCGGACUUCCAAUUUUAAGCAAAAUAUAUUCUCUUCCCACUCCAGAGCCUGCCUGUUAUAUGUAUGAAAAUUGUACACUAUGAAAUUAAGAAUCUGAAAAGCUUUUUGGGUAUAAAUAUUCUUAGGAUGUUCACCAUCGAUUGCUAGAGAUGAAUUAUUAUCGAUUUAUUUAUGUGUUCAAACGCGUGGAAGAGCACUUGUGCAGAGAAGCGGGAGCGUGACUCUGAUGCGUUGAAGGGUCCAAUACGGUGUGUUGCCAGUGUUCUGGUGAGUGCGGUGACUUGAAAAGGUGCACUCCGUCAUACAUCGAGAAGAUUGCCCGUUCAUCAGAUGUUUACAGGCGAUCCAACUUCCAAUUCUGAGUAACUUUCAGAAGUAUGCAAACCAAACAGUAUUUUUUAAUAAAUCACAUUAAAUCGC